AUGACCAGCCAUUGGUGGACCACCGGUGACAAGAGCAGUCAGGGGAGUGGCUACUGGAAUGCACUCUCGAAGCGGGACCCUGCAAGGGACGUGGAGUCCGAUGCCGGUUCUGGGAAGGAGUUCAAACUGCCGAAAUGGACACGGGUGGGUCAGUUUGCCAGUCCAUUCGUGUUAUUGGAUAUACAGAGAGAUUCGAAUGAGGCUGUAGGGAACAGUAACCAUGUACAGACAGUCAAUGAUACGGUAGUGAAGUUGGGUGAACAAAGUUUCAGCUUUAGUAAAGUUUUGAACGAUCAGGCCACCAAAACGGAGCAGUUCACCGAAUUGGCCAGCAAAGUGACAGAUGAUGUACUGUCCGGUAUUAACUGCUGUGUGACGACGUAUGGGUCUGGAUUAGCAGCAGAUUCUUUGGUGAUGUUUGGCCCACAGUCCGGGAAUUCCAAAGAAGAACAAGAUUCUUCGAGAUGCAGCGGGUUGUUGCAGCAGACUUGUAAACAUAUAUUUAACGCCAUUGACUCGGAUUCCACUUCAGAAUACCAGGUCUCUCUGUCGCUGUGCGAAGUGUACGUUGACAAAGUGUUCGACCUACUCGUUCCAGUGAGGAAGAGGAAACCACUGAAGUUGCAACAUCCGAGUUUGCAGAACAUGAGCACGGAUUACUUAGCAUCCCAAAGAGAGACAAAUGUUUACGUGGUUCGGGAUUUGCAUAGUGUUGUGUUAUGCCGGUUUGAUGAUCUUUUAACCUACGUCAAUGAGAUAAAUUCAGCAUACCAUCAAUCGAAGAAAUCGCAUAUAUUUGUGAGGAUGAAGAUAACACAGGUCAAUGAGCUUAAGGACACUUUGAAAGAAGGUAUAGUACAAUUUGUCAACCUGGCCUCGGAUUUCAAGGACAGUCCAGGGAUUAGCCAAGAGGAGUCGAAGAAAAGUAGCGCCGGAGUUGCGCUGUUGAGAGAGGUAGUUGCUGAUUUAUCCUCUGAUGAAUCGAAGGCUUCAAGGUACAAAGAAGCACAUCUUACAAAACUCAUGUACGAACCGCUGAUGGUAAACUUCAAGACAAGCUUUGUGCUUUGUUGUUCCAACAACUCGAAGAAUAGAAACGAUACUCUUCAACUUUUACAAUUUGGCGCGCAACUUCAACAGAUACGAACUCAAGUAAGUGGGAACGUUUUUGGAUUGAAUUCAAAAAGGAAGAUGGAACUGUAUCUUUCAGACAUGAAACUUAAGGAAGAAAACUACAAGGAAAGGAUACGAUUUUUACAGCGCCAGUUAGAAUCGUCAAAAAAUCUGAAUAAUGGAACCGCUGGGACUACGAGCAACAAGCCGGCUAAUCCUGUAAUGGAUCGACUGAUGAAAAUCCAGAUUGAAAAUUUCAAGCUGAAAGAACAGGUCAAGCUGCUGCAUUCCUUAAAGAAGGCGAAGGCAUCCGGCGAAACCUUCAACGAGGAGAAGAUAAUGCAAACACUACUUGAAAAAUGUGAGCAACUAGCAACUUUACAAAUAGAAGUUGACGACGAGGGGGAAGCUAUAACGAAACUGAACGGCAAGCUCAAAUUGAUAGAAGAGAAGGAUCACAGCUUGGAAAAGAUGAACGCCAAGCUAGUUGAACAGAUGAACUUUCAAGAGCAGUCUUUGGAGAAAGUUAUAGAGCAUAACUCCGUUCUUGUAUCGGAAUUAAAUCAUUGGAAAAACCUAAUAACCACACAAAAAGACAAUAUAGAGGCAUUGGAGGAAAAACUAAAGAGACUUGGUAUUGCUCAACAGAACCAAAUGUCUAAUUCUCUGGACUCAGCCGCAUUUGAUAGACAGAGGAAACAUUCAGUACACUCCUCAAAUACGCAUUCACCGCACAAGGAAGAUACUCCAACUGCAACGCUGUGGGCUGCCAAGAGAGCCCACAGCUCUGAUCCCGCCACGGCGACCUCCCAGUCAAAAGCACCGAAUCGGUCGCACAAAGCGCCAAGGCCCAUCAAAAAGGGUCUGAAACUAAACUCGAUCCGCGUUGUAUCUAAUCUGGUAUCCAAUUCAACAGCAAAAGAACAAGAAUAA